CGAUUCACGAUUCAGCGCCGCCGAACCAGAACCCAGCCCCCCGACCUUCUUCUUCGAUCUGCUCCAUUGUCUCCUUCCCGACCGGCAACGACCCAGCAACAUCGGCAACUCAAGGGCACGGCGAGACUGGACAGCAGCGUUUUCCGGCGACCUCGGUCGUGGCAACUCCCAUCGGCUCCGGUGAUGCGUAGGGACGGCAGUGGCGAACGACCUCCCGCGGUGAUGAUGUCCCCCGGCCACUUCCCUGUCUCCUCCAGUUUGGGUUGAAGCGGCGACCAGUACGCGAGAUGGCGAGUCCCUCCCUGUCCAGUGACAGCCUCUGUGCCGGCAACUGCCUCUGUUCCGGCAACUGGUACAUGGCGACGGUACUCCGGCAAUUCUCGUGGGCGGCAGCAGCAAAUAAGUCCGGCGACACCCCUGUUCCAUCGACCAUGGACAGCAAAGGACGAGGCCGAGCAACAGUGGCAAUAGGUCCAGAUGAUCUUGCUGAGGCUUUCCUUUAUGCCUCAUCGUCUGAAGAAUUGUGGAACGAAUUGGAAGAGAGAUUUGGACAGAGCAAUGGUCCCUUAAUAUAUCAGAUUGAGAAGAAGAUUGCAGAUCUUCAACAGAACAAUGAUUCUGUUGGAGCGUACUUCACCAAACUCAAGAAGCUUUGGGAUGAAAUGGCCACUGUGAAUGAACCACCAACUUGUCAAUGUGGUGGCUGUACCUGUGAUGCCAAGAGAAAGGCCAAUGAAGCUGAUCAGAAGAGAAAACUGGUUAAGUUCCUCAUGGGACUGAAUGAUGGUUUUGAUGUGGUGAGAGGACAGAUCCUGUUGCUAGAACCUUUUCCAUCUGUCAGUAAAGCCUGUAGCCUUGUUCAACAGGUUGAACGACAGAAAACCAUCACAGGAGCACACACCAUUGGGGCAGAAAUGGCCGCUUAUGUCAAUGGCAAUGAUAUAGAUGGACAGAGCAGUGCUAUGUAUGCUGGAAAGACUAAUAAUCAGAGACAACCUUUCUUCAGCAAACCAGAUCCAAGGAAGAAUAAAGGAAUCUGCACUUACUGUAAAGGAAUUGGACAUGUUAAGGAACAAUGUUUUAAGCUGAUAGGCUAUCCUGAUUGGUUCAAGGGAAACAAAGGCAAGAAGGGUCAAAGUUCUUAUGGGGGUAACAAGUUUGCUGGAAAUGCCAUGUUGCAGAGCCAAAGUGACUGUAUGGAGACGCCACUUGAAGUCCUGGAUGCAGAAGAUGAAGGACACAGUUUUCAGGCAAAUUCUGCACUUGUUAAGAACUUGGCUCAAGAAGUUAUGAAGAUGAUGAAUGAGAGAGGCAACUCAAAGCAAUCAGAUACUCAUUCCCUCAACACCUAUGCACACUUUGCAGGUAAACACAAAUCUAUGGCUUCUACUGUCUUAAACUUGAAUGAUGCUGCAGCAUGUUGUGUGGACAUGGGAUCAAGAAGUGAUGGUCUGUACAAGCUGAAGGUCAACCAUAGUCCUCAAGUUGAUCUUGAUGCACAUGUCCUGGCAGCAAAGUCAUGUAAAUUUGAGCUUCUACAUGCUAGACUAGGUCAUAGUUCCUUGUCUAAGAUGAAACACAUAUCAGAGUAUUCAGAACUGCCUCUACCUGUCCCAUCCAGCAUGGACUGUGAUUACAGCCCCAUCCUUGAAGGCAACACAGAUACUAAUCCCACUCUCAUGCCACUUGAGAACCAAAAUAUCCAUACACUGGAGGCUGAAAACACUUCUGGAUCAAAUGUUUGUCCAGACCAAUCCUUGGAGAACAGAAGACACUCAACUAGAACCAGGCAACAACCCACAUGGAUGAAGGACUACAUUUUUCCAAAAAGAGGGGAGCAAUCAUCUAAUAUCUCCUCUCAACCUUACAGUUUUCAUGCUGGCACAAAGGGUAUGAUCACAGUCCUCCCAAACUACCAUUCCACAGCAUUUCAAGCUUCACUCAAGAAGGCUAUUGUGGCUAUGGAUAAUGAUGUGGAUCUGGGCAGCAAGGUGAAUAAACUUUGACGGUGAAAUCCGAGUGAUUUCCCUGGAAUAAAUCGUGGUGAGUACG